AAAAAUGGAAGAUUACUUAGAACGAAUGCAAAGAUGUCGAGAAUAUGUGGAAGCCCUUGAAGAAGAACGCCGGAAGAUCCAGGUCUUCCAUCGCGAACUUCCCCUCUGCCUAGAGCUUGUUACCCAAGCCAUCGAUGCUUGCCGGCAACAGGUUGGAAGCGCCGCCACAACGGCGGAGUAUUUUCCCGGAAGAUCUGAGUGUUCAGAGCAGACAUCAAGCGAAGGACCCAUGUUAGAAGAAUUUAUUCCUAUAAAACGAAACUCCUCUUCAACAGAAGAGGAAUCUCAAAACAAAUCCAAAUGUGAAGAAAUAAAUGAUAAGGAUAAACCCCUUCAGAAGACUGAUUGGUUAAGAUCUGUUCAACUCUGGAACACAGACUCAGAUCCAUCACCCCCUAAACAGGAUCAAACAGAGAAGCCCUCAUUGAUUGAACCUAAGAAAAGUGUGGGUGCAUUUCAUGCUUUUCAGAGAGAUAAUAAAGGGGUUACUGCAACAACAACAACAUCCAUUGCUACAAUUCCAUCUUCAGCCCAAGCAGCAACUAUAAGUUCCACAACUACUACUACUGAUACAGUAGCUAAUGGAGAUGAUAGUUCCAAGAAAGAAGAUAAAGAAGAGAAAGAAGGAUUAUCACAGAGGAAACCCAGGAGAUGUUGGUCACCAGAGCUUCAUCGUCGUUUCUUACAUGCCCUUCAACAAUUGGGUGGUUCUCAUGCUGCAACACCUAAACAGAUUAGAGAGUUGAUGAAGGUAGAUGGGCUUACAAACGACGAAGUCAAAAGUCAUUUACAGAAAUAUCGGCUGCAUACAAGACGACCCCGUUCGGCGGCAAUCCCUAAUGGCAGCAACCCACAGCAGCCUCAAUUUGUGGUGGUGGGAGGCAUCUGGGUCCCUCCACCGGAAUAUGAUGCAGUGGCGGCGGCGACGACACGGGAGACGAAUGGAGUUGCUACUAAUGGAAUCUAUUCUCCAGUAGCUGCUGCACCAAUGCCUCCUCUGCCUUCCACAGUAAAGCAAUCACAGCGAUCCACUUCACCGUCGGAAGAGAGGAGGAGGAGGAACCAAUCCGCCGAUGAAAAGAGUCAUUCGAAUUCACCAGAUUCGUCUUCCUCCACCCAUACUACUACUGCUUCACCGGCUUGCUGAUUUUGUUUUCUAUUUUGCUUGUAUAGAGUGAAGAAUGUAGAGAGUGUAAUAACAAGUUUUGUAAUGAAUUAUCAUCCAACCUUUCUUUUGUAUUUAAACAAAGAUAACAUGAAAGGAA